AUGGAUAAACCACAUGCGGAUAAAUCACAGCUCAAUACACCGACAUCUACGACGGCGACAACGCCCACAUCACGACCAUCAUCGCGACGUACCUCAACAAUCAUUCCUCGUGAAUCGCUGCCAACGCCACCGCCAGAUCCUCGGGGUGGUGCAAAUCAAAGCGAUAACGUCUUUGUCUAUCCAACACCGAGUGAGAAAAAUUUAUCGGCCGAAUUGCAGGGUCUAUUGCGUUACGCUGAACGUCAAGAAGAAUUCCAACAGUCAUUAAAUAGGAAAAUUGCCAAUGAUUGUCGGACAUUGCAUCACAGCGAUGAGGCUUCAACACAGGUGGGUGGUACUGCUGCGGCGGGUGGUGUUGGAGAUUCUGGUGAUAAACACACCUGUAGUUGUUGUGAAAAACUUAGCAAAGAAUGUGCCGAAUUUAUGGAACCAUUGCAUUUUCGUUUGAAUGGUGCGGUGACUGCGGCAUUGGCCGCCUAUGGAGUCAUUGAACAACUGAAUCAUCUCUAUUCGAUGUGGGAACAGUACAUUACCAAAGAAAGGGAAUUGCGUGAACGUAAGGAGUGUUUGCGUUAUGUCAAGUUGUGAGAGAAAACCAGUAGGGCGAGAGAAAAACCACAACCCUUAGCCGGCAGUCCGUUAUCCGACAAUGAGGUGGAUCAUCAGGAUAUGGAACAAUCGAUAGCCUUAUUGGAAACCAUUUUGAGUCCAGAUGUUUUGGCACGUUAUAAAACCCAGGAUGCUAAAUUACAACGUGAACGCAGCAAAUCCUUUAUGAUCGAAGAUAUGCCCAGUAUUCGUGCUGACCGCGAGGCUUCCAAAAGUCAUGGCGGCAUACCUCAGCUGCUACGUCGCCAAAGCACCUAUUGCGAUAGCAAAUCCAAGGUCUCUAAAUGGACUAAAGUCAAGGCGGCCUUUAAGUGGGAAAAAGCCAAUGUCCCGAUAAUGUACGAGACAAGUCGUGAUGGUAGCCAUGUUGGCCUGCAGCCGAACAACAAUGAAGUAGCCAGAUAUUUACGUGUACCCUCCGUACCCUGCGGCAACAGUUCAGCUGACAGCAUCUUAAGUUCAUCAUCUGGUCAUUUGUUAAGCGAAACAGGCACGCCGGGUACCAUCAGCUCAGCCAGUUCAAUGGACGAUAUUGAUAACACCGGCGGCAGUCCAAUGAGAAGAGAUUCAUCGAAAAGUGAAACAUUGGAAACAUCCACCGAGCGUUCAAUGUCUCAGCCUACGGUACAGGAAUCCAAAUCGGCCGAUACUUUAAUUGUCGAUGACAUCAAAUAUACAAUGCCACCCAAGUCAUCAUCGAAUAAGUCAAUACGACGCAGUAAAAUGGUAUCGGAUUUUGAGGUUGUACCCGAAGAUGUUGAGGCGGUCAUUAAAACACAAACGAAACGUAAAAAUCCACCACGACCUUUAGAUCUUAAUUUGAGACAGGAUCUAAAUGACUCGGAAAAUUAUUUUGCCUCAUCCCAAUUGCUAAAAGCCAGUCCUCAGGAGGGUACUCAGUCUCUAAAUCGGGCUCUGAAGAAAGUUAGUUCCCCGGUAAAUUCAUCAGUGCCAUCCAGCCCUUCCAGACAUUCGGAUUUCUUUGCUGAAUUUGAAAGUGAAGAGCUAUCAAGUGGUGAUUUCUCUGAACCCAAUUCACCAAAUCACACAACAUCACGUCAAAGUUUUGAACUGCAGCAAGAGGAAAUCAAUCGCCGAUAUCAAAUAUUACGUGCCAAACUGGAUCAAGAAUUCGAAAUGAAACGCAAGGAAUGGGAGAAGCUACAAUCGAAAAGAGCGGUAGCUUUAGUUUCGGCACCCAAACCUCCAGAACCCCUAUCCCCAACAACCCAUUCACCAAAUAUGGCCAGUAAUUUUUCGGCCAAAAUGUUGGAGGAAAAUCUUACACCCGAUUUUAAGAAGAAAUUACAAAAAUGGCGUGUCAAGAAACAGGCUUCGAUUGGUGGUAUACAUGGUCCACCGGUAUCGCCCAUUUCACCCAAGGACACCGCUGCCGCCAGUUCAUGUACAAAUGUACCCAAGGAUGCCAAGAUUGAUUGGAAUCUCUGGAAAACGGGACAAUUGAAAUUGGAGGGUCAGGGUUUAAAACCAUUACCGGAUCAAAAAGAUUUGCCGGAGGAGUUUCAAAAGAAAUUGGAGGAAUGGAAUAAAAUCAAACGUGGCGGUUCUGCCUCUAACUGCACCGAUUCCCUUAAGCGCCACAAACAUGGUGGCUCAGGCAAGAAAGGUGAAUCGGAUGACGAUCGUGGUGGCGGUGGUGUCAGCAGUGAUAAAGAUAAACGCACCGAUAAACACAAACAUCACGAUAAGGAGAAAUCGGAAAGAUUGGCGAAAUUGAAAGCCAUCGUCAGCGAUCAUCCAGCCAAGGAAAUUGAAGUGAAAACCUCAGCCGGUGUUAUGAAAUUUGAGGGUAUUUCCCGCAAGUUUACACGUAAACUUUAUGAAUGGGAAAAGGCCCGCGGUAUUGGACCAGAAUCAUCAACAUUCGCAUUGCUGCAUCCGGGCUAUUGUCCCAUCGAUGUGAAACGCAUUUCCAAGGAGACACACAAUCAUGAAAAUUCUCCUACCCUCAGCCGUUCCUUGUCAUUGGACAGCAUCUCGCCCAGUAUUGCAUUGCCUGUGAUAUCGCAGCAAGCUUCCAGUCUGUCAUUGAACGAUGUCAAUGAGCUGAAAGAAAUGGAAGGCGUUGUCAGCAGUACCGAUGCCCUGGCCAUUGAUAGUGAUUACAAGCGUUGUGAUGAACCCGAAGCGGUUAUGGUCGAAGUGGAGGAUCAUAUUGUGGAGACAGCGUCGCCGUUGGUGGUGCCGCAUGCCAUGGGAAAGAAAGAGACUCCGGUCUAUAAAUACGAAGAGAAGGCUUGUAAAGAUUUUUGUAAUACAAGAAAAAUACAAAGUUUCGAAUCCCAUACGAAUAUUGCCCCACUGUUGAAUGUCUUGAAAAAUUCCGAAGAAUUAUUGAAAUUACUGAAAAAGAAAUCACCAGAAAUUGCGGAAAAUACAGCGUUGCGGUUUUGUGAAAGCACUUUGGCUUUGAUCCGCAGCAGUUACACAUAUUAUUCGGCCAAUUUGGUUAAGCCCAAUGUUUUGAAUGCCAUAUCGGAUGUACAAAAUGAAUUGAGUCGUUUAAGGAGUUUGAGCGAAAAGAGCCCUUUGGAUGAGGCCUGCUGCCAGGAGCUAAUGGAGGAACGUAACGCCGAAUACAAUGAAGAAUUUGAAGGCUUACAUGAAACCUUGGAUAUUCUAAAGCAAAAUAUACAAGGUGGCAUGCCACGCUAUUCCAAAGACAUUGUCCCCGAUAUCAAUAUUAUUUCCGAAGAAGGUUUUAAUUCUUCAUCAUUUAUACCUUCGGGCGAUAAUCGCAAUGAUAAUCUCUCAACAACAUUAGAAGCCACCGAUGAAUUGAGUACCUCAAUGGUGGAAAAUGAUACCGAAGGUCCCAGACCAAUAAUGCGUUUUGUUAACGCCAAUUGUAGCGGUAAUGGCGGAAAUACAAAUGGAAAUAGUAAUGGUACGGUCAAUAGUACCAUUGGUACGAAGAAAAAGAUACGCCUACGUAAAAUGGGUUCCCGGCAGAAUAGUAAAACCGAAAGUGAUAGCAGUGAUGAGGAUAAUUUAAAUGUCUUAGAGACUCCACGACGUUUAAAGCGGAAAAAUUAUCGCCUUAAACAAAGAUCCUUCGAUGAGGAUCCCAGUUCGACCACCAUUGCCGAAGAGGUGGGAGAACAGCUGCUCAAAAAUAUGGAACCAGUGAAAACGCCCCGGCCCAUGAGUCUGCCAUUGUCCGCAUCGACAUCAUUGCCAAGUGUAUUUGUGAAGACGAAAAGAAAAGUCUUCACUACGGUGCAGGAACCCACAGCCAUAGAUGGUUUGGCGGUAAUCGAGCAAGAGGUUGUUCACUCACCCACUGAGGAGAAACCCACCACCAAAACCACAGAGCCCCUUAGGGAAGCAACACAAAAACCCAAACUUCAACGUGAUGAUACCUUGAAAGCCAGCGACAAUCCUGAGGACCUAAUUUCCAAUAUGCCCAAUGAAAUUAAGCCACGCCUGCUGUUGGUCCACAAGUCGAUUAGCCUGGAAGAUAUGCGCAGCGAAAUGGAUUUUGAAGAUAAACGAAAAUCGCACAGUAUGGAGAGCCUCAAGAAAUCCGAUAAACACUGGAAUCCCAAAGAACCCCGAGCCCCUCUGGCCUCGGAUAGUUUUCGUAAAAUAAGUCGAAGUGUGGAGAAUCCCUUGAGGCUAUCAAAUAUUUCCAAAUUCCAAGCCCUAUUGGGUACAAACAAAAAACGCGACCAUCUCUUUAAGAAGCAUGGCGAUAAUCGACCGUCUAUACCUCAUCCCGGGGCGGCCAAUAGAGGGGCCACCGCAAAGAAGAUUGAAAACAAAAUUGCCAAAACUCAAUCCAGCCCCUAUGUCAGCGAUGCGGAAAGCAGCGCAGCGAAAUUUCUUUCCCCCGAUAAAUUUGACAAUACCAUGCCGAGAAUUGCCCGCAAAUGGGAUCGUAAGUCGCUUACGCCCACAACACAACAAAUAAAAUUCGAUUUUCCACCACCGAAUAUAUCCGAACCCACUACACCAGUAUUUGAACAAUAUAAUCGUCCGCUGACGCCCCUGACGCAAAGGGCGCUGCGUUUGCAAAAAGCCAAAGAGGAAUUUUUACGGGCCAAACCCAGCCCGAAGGCUGUGGUGAAGUUGCGUGAAAGUACUCCCCGAAGUGAUACGUGGUUUGAGAAUCGCCAAAGUGAUUUGAGUUUAAGUUCCACCACCGCGGACGAGGCUUCCCUGCAGGGUGAUACGAUGACAUCCCAUGAAUCAGAUUUACACAAAAGUCUCAGCGCCGACACAAUACGUGCCGAAUCACCGCCCAAUUUAUCGGAUGCUGGUACAGAUCAAGAUUUUGGUGGCAUCUAUGAUUCGUUGCCACGUCAGGUCACGCGAUCGGGUAAAAUUUCCAGUAAAUUGGGAUUUGCCACAUUGGCUUCGAAAUUGCGUAAAGUUAAGGGUAAAUCGAAAUCCAAAGAACCGAAAAGGUCAGUGGCGGGUGCAAUGGCCGGUGGUACUGCUGCUGCACCUGGAGGUAGUGCAUUAUCCGCCCUGUGUCGUCAAAGUCUGUUGGCCGACAUAAUUGCGGUACCUCAACAAAUGGUGGCAUCUGGGGAAAGUUCACGCAAAAGUAGUCUAUCCAAGCCACCAUCUCCCCUCUUGCUCACCAAAGAUAAUGUUCGAAAAUCACAAUCCUCGCCACAUGCAGCAUAUAGAGGAGGUGGAGGAGGGGUAGGUGCUAGCACCACAGCUGGUGGUGUACAUGAUUUGGGACGUCCACCCGUCCAUAAGUCACAAAGUGAACAGUAUGUUAAACGUCACAAAGAGAGUUAUGUCUAG